AUGGGCUGCUGCUUUUCCAGUCAGGCAUCGAGUGCCGCAUCUCACAACGAGAAUCAACGGCCUGUUACUCCUCCACAACAAAUCUCACACCAACAAGAAGAUGGCAACUUGCCAGAGGCUAUCGUUGCGACAACACCAAUCGCUGCCCCCAUCGCAAUAUCAGGAGUUGAGCAAGGAGCUGCCAUUAUCGACGCCAUCACUCCAAAUGAGGCAGGCCCGAGUUCAUCAGAAUCUCGGCGUUCAGAAUCGUCGGCUUCACGGCAUAUUAUUCUCGAGCCAACGGUCUACGUCCCUCCAUCGCGGACAAAUGACGUUGCAGAGCUUGACGUGACGCCUGUUCAAUCCGCUGAAUCUGGCGAUAAUCACGUCAAGAAUACAUCUUCGUCAAGUUCCAGCUCGAGUUCGAGUUCGGGGUCUGGUCACGGCUCGGGUUCUAAAUCGAGCCAGUGA